CUCAGCCCUGUAGCCCCGGGUCCUCUUGCACCUAGUAGCCCACUUUGGGGCCCACGUUGGCUACUUAGUGAGACUGCUCCGGGAAGCCAGAGGGGCGGUGGGGACCGGGCCGGGGCCGGGGCAAGUCCGCUCAAGCGCAGUCGGACCCAGCCCCACCGCGCACCGCGGGCCGGAAGUUCACGGGCGCGCUAGAGGCCGGAGCCGUUACUACAGCGCACCGGAAGUGGCCAUAGGCCGGCGUCCGGGCCGCGCCCGCAGUGAUUGAGCUUUCCUCCGGCCGGCGACGCCAUGGAGCCCGGGGCAGCGGAGCUGUACGACCAGGCCCUGCUGGGCAUCCUGCAGCACGUGGGCAACGUCCAGGACUUUCUGCGCGUGCUGUUUGGCUUCCUCUACCGCAAGACGGACUUCUACCGCCUGCUGCGCCACCCGUCGGACCGCAUGGGCUUCCCGCCGGGGGCUGCGCAGGCGCUGGUGCUGCAGGUAUUCAGAACCUUUGACCACAUGGCCCGUCAGGAUGAUGAGAAGAGGAGAAAAGAGCUGGAGGAGAAAAUCAGGAGAAAAGAAGAAGAGGAGGCCGUGGCGGUGGCAGCUGCCACAGCUGAGCAGGAGCCGGUCCCGGCCCCGGUUCAGGAGGUGGAGAUCAACUCUGCUGCAGACACGGGCGGGCCGCAGGAGCCUCCAGGCCCAUGGGGCUCUGCGCAGGAGGAAGCCCGCGGUGCAGAGGAGGCCGAGCCGCCAGGAGCAGAUGCUGGUGCUGCUGAAGCCCCGAGGGAAGCGCCAGCUCUUCCCAAGAGACAGGAGCAGUUCCAGAGAAACCCCGACAGCUACAACGGUGCUGUGCGUGAGAACUACACCUGGUCUCAGGACUACACCGACCUGGAGCUCAAGGUGCCCGUGCCCAAGCACGUGGUGAAGGGCAAGCAGGUCUCGGUGGUCCUCGGCAGUAGCUCCAUCCGGGUGGCCGUGCUGGAGGAAAAUGGGGAGCGCGUCCUCGUGGAAGGAAAGUUUACCCACAAGAUCAACACCGAGAGCUCCCUCUGGAGCCUUGAGCCUGGGAGAUGCGUUUUGGUGAGCCUGAACAAGGUGGGCGAGUACUGGUGGAGCGCCGUCCUGGAGGGCGAGGAGCACAUCGACAUCGACAAGAUUAACAAGGAGCGCUCCAUGGCCACGGUGGACGAGGAGGAGCACGCUGUGCUGGACCGGCUCACCUUCGACUACCGCCAGAAGCUGCAGGGCAAGCCGCAGAGCCACGAGCUGAAAGUCCAUGAGAUGCUGAAGAAGGGGUGGGAUGCUGAAGGCUCUCCCUUCCGAGGCCAGCGAUUCGACCCGGCCAUGUUCAACAUCUCCCCAGGGGCUGUGCAGUUUUAAUGACCGAAGGAAAGGAAGCCCUCGCAGCGGGGGAGGCGGGGUCUCGGCCGUGCUGCCCCUCGGCUCCCUCCUGCCAGGGGCUCGCUGUCUGGUUCACCCUUGCCAUCCUUUCUUUCAAGCGUGAACCCGGCCUCCACCCUGGCCCUGCGUCUCCAGACUGCUCCAGAGCAGGGCGAGGCUGUGCAGCCGGUGCCAGGCAGGAGUUGGAGAGCAGGGGGUGUCCCAGCAGACGCAGCCCCGGCCCCUGCGGGCGCCCCCGCGCCACGCUCCGCUUGCUGCUGUUUGUGCUCUCUGCUUGCUGUUCCCGCGCUCGGGGCCGGGUGUGGGCGCCGCGCGGCUGUCCCAGUGCGGGCGGGUGUGCGGACUGCGGGCCGUGCUCCCGGCCAGUUUGGGGGAAGCCUCAGCCUGGCCCUUCUGUUGGGUGCACUCACGUGUAGCCUUGUCCGUGUGCUUGUACAUGUCCACUGCCUGCCUCGGCCUCGUCGGGGAGCCACAGAAACAGGGGUCCUGGUCGCCGGUUCUGGAUGUUGGAAGAAAGUCUCCGGUGGCCUCAGGCGCAGACAGAUCCGCCUGUCCCCUGGCUGGUCUGCUCUGCCCCAACCUGACUAGCACUUUCAUCACAGGGAUCCGGUUCUUGUGAAAAUGAGCCAGGCCAGGCACCCUCAGCAGAGCAUGGUGUGUCGGCUGUGCACUGCAGCCCCUGGUCCCUGCUUGACCGAGGCCAGACUGUGCUGCAUGGAGCUCACAGCUCUGCUCCCACUGCUCUCCCAGGACCAUGGGGCUGCCCUUUUGGACGGUCACCUUGCAGGUCUCUGUGCCCUGGAACCUGCCCUCGUGAGCUCUACCUGCUGGGCUAGGGGAGGAGGCGCCCUGUCUGCGGGGCAGUCCUUCUGGAGACUUCCACCUUCAACUGCGUAGGUGGGAGCCGGCUUAUGCAGGCUGGAGGAGCAGGUUUCUGGCUCAGCCCUAUGGACGUGUGCCUGGGCCCCUGGGAAGCAUUUGCUUGCUCUGAUGGCAUCAUGGGAGGUGUGGACACUAGGUGGCUGGUGGGGGUGCCACCGAGGGGGCGCAGAGCCCUAAUGUUUGCAGUCGUCAGUCAGGCUGGUCAUGGAGCUGCUGACCCUCUUCAGGGUCCUGUCCCACAUAAUGAAAAGUCUCACGGGCACGCGUCUGUGUGAGAACCAUUCUCCGCACGUCUCCGUCUCCCCCCCCCCCCCCGCCACCCCUGCAGGGGUCUGCUGCCGUGACGAGGGCAGGUAUGGUGCCUGCACCUCAGCUGUUUGGGGGACUUUGGGAACCAUGGACUCUGUGGUCAGUUGACUUCCUUUUGCCUGAUUUUAUUUUCAGUGUUGCGUUUCUCCCCACCCCACCUGCCGUGACAGCAGCCCAGCGGCUCGCUGGCGUCGGGGCGGGGGCGCUGGCCAUCCUGUGGGCGUCCCCUGCCCCUCGCUGCCGGCCUGGGCCCUGCGCCCUGCGCACUCUGCCUGUUUUCUCUCUUCAGACACGACAGCAGCAGAUUGGCCACUGAACUCCAUCCGCUGAGGUCCAAGGAAAGCGGGGUGCCCGUCUGUGAAAUCGCCCUGUCUCCGGUGUUGGUUUGCAAUAAAUCUGUAUUUAAGCA